UCUUCAAUUUCCAUGUGAUAUACUUUUUUCCUACUAUCGAUGGACAAAGUUUGUUUUUAAAAGAAUCAAUGAAAAUACAUUAGUGCCAAAAAUCCUCUUAAAAGCAUUGAUUUAUUGGAUAUUCAUAAGCAUAUAAAGAUUAGGAUCAAAAGCCAGGACCUCUUGUUUCCUCGUGGCCGGACAACGAGCGUGUGAAAUGUCCUCCAACUCGAGUGGGUCUCUAGUGCAUGUAGAUUGGCGCUAUAAUGUUCCGGUAGAGGGUCUUGGCACUGUAUAUUUUUACAUCAUCCACUCCGUAGCACUCACGUGUAUUCUUUGCAGCUUUGUUUCGGCGGUUGCCGUGAUUGUUUCGUCCUUUCGUUCCAAAUCUGCCAGGACGUUCUUUAAGUCGUGGUCGAAAUGCGAACGCUUUGUCGUUUAUCUGGCUCUUUGUGAUGGUUUGUUUAAUUUAGCCCACUUUAUGGAUCAUUUUCAUAUGGCGGUCACUAAGGACAAUGUCCACCCACUGGAAUUGUGCGAAUACUACGGCUUUAUCAUUUUCUUGUUCAUUUCGGCGCAAAUGAUAUUGGUAUCACUAAUUGCAAUCAAUGCCUUCGCUCUAAUGAAAUUUAGUAAGAACAUAGGUCUGGGGAAGUAUGACUGGAAACUUCUAAUACUGACAUUUGGAUUUCCGUUUUUGGAGUGCCUUGGUGUCACUAUUGCAGGGGAAAUGGGACCGACUGGAGCAUAUUGUGGAGUAGCGGGAACAAUUUCUACCCUUUUCUUCUCCACAAUACCAGUGUUAACUGUUAUAACGUUGAAUAUUAUUCUCUACUCAAUUACAUGGAUGAAGAUUCGGGCGGAGACAAAACGAUUAGCUGGUUCUAUUGGAGAAAAGGCUAAUUCGACAAGAAAAGCCACCCAGGUCGCCAAAAACAUGUCAUUGUUUGUACUGGUAUUUAUCAUUCAGUGGUGGGCCAUAGCGGUUUAUGGUGCCUGGCAGCUAGUCGUGGAGAGCGUUCCUUUGGCAAUGCUCGUGUUUCUGACGACAUUUUCUAACAUCGGUGGAGUUUUAAAUGGAAUCGUGUUUUUGAUCAUGCGGAGAAACAAGAACCGCCAGUUAGCUCCAGAAACUACAGUCGUUUCUACGUCACAAGCCCACAGAGCAAAGAAUCCACCCCAACCGUGAUGAACACUGUGUAAAAUGAAGACUAUCUCCAUAAUGUCAAUCUAAUAGUAAAUAUAACAUAUUGUUGUUUUUCAAGUGAUUUUCAUUGCACUGUAAAAUGAUAAUAAAUUGUUCCAAUGCCUUAAAAGUUAAUAAACAUUUUAAGGGGUAUCAGCUAACACGUGUAUCUACCAAAGUUAUGUUAUCCGACUGUUACCCUUGUAGGAAAAUUAAUUUAUCAGCUAUGUAUUAUACACAACUCACCACUUGUAUAAUACGUUUGUACUUGCUUGACACGUGAACUAGAGAUGAAUCUAGACGUUCUAUUUUUAGAACGAUGUUCGUUCGAGUUCAAUUAAAAGAUUAUGUAAUACCCGUGUGUCUGUAUUGCGCACUUUCUAGAAAUGGUAUUCUCUAGAAAUUGUUUAAUGUGAAUAAAUAGCCUGUAAAUUCAGUGGUAACAAACUUUCUACAGAAUUACAUAAAGGAUCUUGAACGAGUGCUUAUGUAUGGAAAGCCGUAGGGUACCCCCCCAUUAUUAUUAUUUUUCCCUAUAUAAAAUACCAAAAUUAUAAUCUCUUCCAAAAAUAAAAAUUUUCCCCCUAUUUGCCGAUAUUAUUAUUAUAUCGCAGCGAUAAUAAUAAUCUGUCCCGAAUCUCAGACACCAAAUUAUAAUUUCAUCCCCAAAAGAAAAAUAUUCUUUAUUUAUGACAUUAUUAUAAUUAUAAAUAGUGCCGCAAUAAUUAUAAAAACUGACCCGAUUUAAAGUCACACAUUAUCUUUAUAAAUAUAAUCUUUCCACUACAAUAAUAAUUACUGAACAUCGCCAACAAUAAUUAUCUUUUUUUUUUUAUUUGAACGCUACAAAAUAUAAUCUGUAAGUUGACAAUAAUAAUUCUGGACCAGCCAAAAGACAAGAUUAUUAUUGUUGGUGGAAAAUAUUUGGACGCUUGAAAAAGAAAACGUUUGUCUGAAUCGGAUUCACAAUAAUAAUCUCCGACUUCAGAUUGGCAGAUAUUAUUUCAUGCGUGACUGUGCAAGCGGUUGGUCGAGAGGGAAAUCACGUGACAUAGUUUCACUUUGACUUUAUUAUGGAAAUGAUUGUUUGUCGAAAAGGUAUCCUGGUAUGUGUUUCUUUUGGAGGAUGAUAAAUGUGAAUGAUUCAAUGAAUAAAUCUUUGUUGGAACUGGAGUAUAACAUUUUAUAUCUUUGUGACAUGAUAGAUAGAAAGGGAAUUUUAUCAAACACACUGGCCAGCUGCACAGGCAGUUUUUUUUUUUUCGUAACACAGGCCACCCUAGGGCUUAAUUAUGCAAAAUGAUAUAGGGCUCACGGCGGGUGUGACCGGUCGACAGGGGAUGCUUACUCCUUCUAGGCACCUGGUCCCAUCUCUGGUAUAUCCAGGGGUCCGUGUUUGCCCAACUUUCUAUUUUGUAUUGCUUAUAGGAGUUACGAGAUUGAUCACUGUUAGUUAUCUUCACCUUUCAUGGAUCUCUUUAAUCUGUGUUUUAUGUUGAUUUCUUAAUGUACUGAAUAGGGUGUCAUCACAUGAGGUGUCCAUUUCUGGUACGGGAACAACCCUAUCCGGGGAGUGGGCGUGUCAGUACUAAGUAGCACCUCCACCGCUAAAUCCCACAUCAUUUUGUAUACAUGACCACCCUUCUGCUUAGAUAAUUCACAAAGGUGGUACUAAGUACACAUACGUCAUGCAGUUAAUUGUUUCCCAGC